AGUGCAAUGAUAAUGUUUCGUUAUUAAGUUGAAUUUCUCAAAGUGGACAAACAAAUCAGGACAGAAGUCAAGAGUGUCCAAAAUCAUACUGGUUCUUAAGUCAGGUCUUUGGCUCUGAAAAUUCGAGUCCAGUCACGCAGUCUACCGCCAAUCUGCCUCCCAAGUUUUCCAUCUCCACCCUCUUCUAUCCCCUUCUUUCCUCAGUUCCUCUUUAGUCUCUGGAUCCCUCCUCUUUAUCUUUAUUUAAACAAUUGAACCUAAUACGGGCAUACUUUUUCUUUGACCACAUGCUAGAAGAAAUUAUGUUAACCCCAACCCAUUAUCACGAAGGUAUCAACAUUCUUUUCAUAGGAGUUGAACCCACGAUCUUACUGUACUCAAAUGCAUCAACACAACUAUAAGACCAACUGCCCGGUUAAAUUCUAAUACACUCCCUCUUAUAGUUUUAUAAUUUGGCUGCCAUCAUACCAAAUACCAAGAUUGCUGCGAGUACACGAUUCUCAGCACCCACAACCCAAAAUGAGAAGGUAUGUACACAUCACUUCUCUCCUGUUACUCCUCUUCUUCAUGUUCCAAUCGGUAGUCUCUGAAAUUCCUUCAAACCAGAGAAACACCAUGAUCAACCUCUAUAAUCUCCUCCAAAACAACAUGGGUCAAUCUCCUUUUCCAUGGAAUUCCACUAGAGAUCCAUGUUCAUGGAAGGGAGUUACAUGCAAUGUCCACAACUCCUCCAUCACCCAAUUCUCUCUCCAAUUCCCCUCUCUCUCAAACCCUGAUUUCCUCCCUGUUCUUUGCCAGAUUGAUACACUAGAGUCUAUUGACCUCUCCAACAAUCGCUUGAGCUCAAUCCCAAGUGGGUUCAUGACAGGUUGUGGAAAUGUUAGUGGUUUGAGAGCAUUGGAUUUCAGUAGGAACAGAUUGUCUGGUUCUUUACCUAAUUUUGAUGGGUUCUUGAAAUUGGAAUUUUUGGACUUGUCUCAUAAUUCUUUGAGUGGAACGAUUAGUUUACAGAUGGAUGGGUUGGUUAGUCUGAAAAAUUUGAGUCUUGGGUACAACCAAUUCACUGGUUCUGUUCCUACCCACUUGGGAAAAUCCAUGAUUUUGGAACAACUUGGGCUUUAUGGCAAUCAAUUUGUAGGUAAAAUCCCAGAAGAAAUCGCGAAUUAUUCAAAAUUGACUGCAAUUGAUCUUAGUGUUAAUGGUCUCUCUGGGUCUAUCCCUGAUAGAUUCAGAGAGCUUCCCAAUCUGCAAGUUUUAAUUCUAUCUUCUAAUAGUUUGAGUGGUGGAAUCCCACAAUUCCUUUCAAGUUUCCAUACACUAUGGCAAUUUGCUGCGAACCAGAAUUCAUUUUCUGGUGCAAUUCCACUGGGGCUAUCAAAAUUUCUCAGGGUUCUAGACCUUAGUUAUAAUCAGUUAAAUGGGUCAAUUCCUAGUGACCUUUUGUCCCAAUCAAAUUUGCAUACCGUGGAUUUGUCUUCUAAUUCACUAGAAGGGUCAGUACCCGAUAACAUAUCAUCAAGUUUGGUAAUACUCAGAUUGGGAAACAACCGUUUAAAUGGGACUAUACCAUCUUCAUCCUUUGGGACCCUUCAAAAGUUGACCUAUUUGGAAUUGGACAACAAUAGUUUGGGAGGUUCAAUGCCUCCAGAAUUGGGUUUCUGCAAUAAUUUAGCACUGUUGAAUCUUGCUAAGAAUCAACUCACUGGUGUUUUCCCAGUUGAAUUGGGUAAUCUCACCAAACUUCAGGAACUGAAACUUCAAGCCAACAAUUUGGUUGGGGAAAUCCCAAAUGAAAUUACCCAAUUGCAAUGGUUGAGGAAGUUGAAUAUCAGCUGGAAUUCGCUUAAUGGUACGAUUCCUUCACAAAUUUCUAGGCUCCAGAGUCUUAAUAGCUUGGAUUUAAGAGGAAACAAUCUCAGUGGUUCAAUACCGUUGUCCAUUGGUAAUUUGAAUUCUCUCAUAGAACUACAAUUGGGGAGUAACAAAUUGGGCGGGGAAAUUCCUUUGAUGCCUCAGAGUUUGCAGAUUGCUCUAAAUUUAAGCAGCAAUCAAUUUGAAGGCCUGAUACCAGAAACUCUGUCGCGGUUGAACGGAUUGGAAGUGCUGGAUCUAUCCAACAACAGACUUACCGGGAAAAUUCCAAACUCUCUUGUUAAUAUGAGAAACUUGGCACAGUUGAUGCUCUCCAAUAAUAUGCUCUGUGGAUUGAUUCCAGUUUUCCCUCCAUAUGUUUCGGUUGACACAACCCGAAACACGGAUCUUCUGGACCCCACAAUACCGAGCCCAACUCAAAAGUUGAAAAAGACUCUCGAUGUUUUCCUUAUUGUACUUAUGGUGGCUAUCGGCUGUUCUGCUCCUGCUGCUGUUGGAAAUUUUUUGAUCCCUUGUGUCGAUGAGAGAUCCAACAUUCAUGGGUUUGUUGCGUGCUUUUGUUUCCGUAAGAACCAAAAUAUCCAAAGUGAGGCAAGAGCAAUGAAUCAUGGGAACAUUUGCUCCAUAUGGAAUUACGAUGGAAGAAUUGCAUAUGAGGACAUUAUCAAAGCAACAAAUGACUUCGACAUUAGAUAUUGCAUUGGCACAGGUGGAUAUGGCAGCGUGUACAGAGCUCAGUUGCCAAGCGGCAAAGUAGUUGCCUUGAAGAAACUUCAUCAGUUGGAAGCAGAGGACACUACAUUCGACCAUUCUUUCAGGAAUGAGGUCCAAAUGUUGACUAAUGUACGACACAAGAACAUCGUGAAGCUUUACGGAUUUUGUUUGCACAAGAGAUGCAUGUUCUUGGUGUACGAGUAUAUGGAAAAAGGAAGCUUAUUUUGCGCCCUAAGAUUCGAUGCCAAAGCUUCUGAAAUUGGAUGGACUCAAAGGGUAAACAUAGUUGGAGAUAUGGCACAUGCUUUAUCCUACUUGCAUCAUGAUUGCACACUGCCAAUUGUUCAUCGAGACAUAUCAAGCAACAACAUUCUAUUGAACUCUAAACUGCAGGCUUUUGUCUCUGACUUCGGAACUGCAAGAUUGUUGCAUCCCGAUUCAUCCAAUCGAACCGUUCUUGCAGGGACUUACGGAUAUAUUGCACCAGAACUAGCCUAUACCAUGGUUGUGACUGAAAAGUGCGAUGUUUAUAGCUUUGGAGUGGUGGCACUAGAAACAAUCAUGGGAAGGCAUCCGAGAGACCUCCUAUCGUCCUUGACGUCGCAUCCUAGUGAAAACAUGAUGAUAAUUGAUGUUUUAGAUCCACGCCUUCCAGUACCUACGAACCCUAUGGUUGCCGGGGACAUUGUUCUAAUUGCUACAAUGGCACUUGCAUGUAUACAUCCUGAGCCCAAAUCUCGACCAACAAUGCUACGCCUAUCUCAAGAGUUUCUUUCUCGCAGGAAGGCUCUAGCUUCACCCUUUCGUACAGUUUCACUACUACAGCUUUGGAAUCAGAACAUGUACUAUGUCCAACUAUCGAAUGAAGCGAUCAGUGCCCAAGUUUGAAAAGAGUCUCGAUUCCUUUUGAGGCCUUGGUUGUUAUGACUGUUAAUUAUGUAUCUUCUUUUUUUGCACCAUUGAUUGAAUAGAAUAAAACUCGUAGUUUGUAUUUGUAAGGCGCUUAAAUCAAAAUCAUUAAGGCACAUGCAUCAGUCCGAAUAUGGGCCAACCUGGUUCAGUGACCACAGUCAGAAGUAUCAAAAUCAUUAUGUCAUUGC